ACCUGCUUCCAUCCCCCUUCAACAAAUCGAUUACCCCAGUCCGUUCAACGACAAAAAUCAUCCAAGAUGGGUAAGGUUCACGGUUCUCUCGCCCGUGCCGGUAAGGUCAAGGCCGCCACUCCUAAGGUUGAGCCCCAGGAGAAGAAGAAGAACCCCAAGGGUCGCGCCUACAAGCGUGUCCUGUACACCCGCCGUUUCGUCAACGUUACCAUGACCGGUGGCAAGCGCAAGAUGAACCCCAACCCCGGCUCUUAAGUUGGUGCGCGUCGAUA